AUGCCUUCUAAACGGCAGCCCAGCUCCGCGGACCCAAAAAAGAAGGCAAAUGUGGAGUCAGUGGAGACAUCCCGAGGGCGCAAGAGGAAGGCCGAAAAGAAAGACACCAGCACAAUCGACUCCUUCAAGAAAAGCCAUAAACGCCAGAAAGAUCAUCAAUUUAAAAAUAACGUACCCACUAAAGUACUGGAUGUCUACGUGUUUGGAACCAAUUGUUACGGCGAACUUGGCCUGGGAGACCUCACCAAGAAGUCAGAAAUACUUCGUCCCGUGCUAAACCAGAAACUGGCCGCUCAUACUGUUGGUGUUGUACAUGUCGCUGUGGGAGGAGUUCACUCCGUCGCGCUGACUCACGAUAAUCAAAUUUUGACCUGGGGCGUCAAUGACGAGGGCACCUUGGCUCGCGAUACUAAGGCGGACAAAGAUACAGACAAUGCGCAGAAUGCGAAUGGGGACGCUGGGUCGAGUGAGGACAGCGAUGAUGAUGACGUGUUAAUCAACCUGAAAGAGGCGACCCCGAUGCCUGUGGACUCCUCAUACUUCCCGCAGGGCACUGUUUUCGCCCAAUUAGCCGCGUCAGACAGUGCGACUUUUGCCCUGACAGUGGAUGGAUUAGUUUACGGCUGGGGAAAUUUCAGAGGCUCAAGUGGUAGUGUCGGAUUCUCGCUGGAGAGUAAAAAGGAACAGCGAAUCCCUACCCUCAUCCUGGGUCUUGAGAACGUUACAAAAAUUGUCGCUGGGGCACAACACAUCCUAGCACUAACCUCAAAAGGUACUGUCUUCAGCUGGGGCUGUGACGAGCAACAUCAACUUGGUCGUCGACGGGCAAGCCCACGACAGCGACCACCACACCCGCGUACACCGUAUCAAUGUGCUCUUCCUCCAGGAAUUUGCGACAUCGGUGUUGGUCUAUACCAUUCAUUCGCUGUACAUACUCACGGCGUGGUAUAUGGAUGGGGAUCGAAUAACUUCGGACAAACAGGGAUUUCGACGACUGCUGGCCAGAAUGAUGCAAUGAUUCCCUUUCCAUCAGAAAUCCGCGCCUUUAGAAACCAUGGAGCCCUGGUCUCAAUAUUCGGCGGCAAGGACCACAGCAUAGCUGUUACUGAAUCUGGGAAGUGCUUGGCAUGGGGCCGUAUUGACAACAAGGCACUUGGUUUGGGACUCAAAGAUAUGGCACCAUCCGAUGUGAUUCAUGAUGAAUAUGACAGGCCGCGCAUACUAACGCAACCGACUUUGCUCAGGGGAAUUGAUGGUCGGGUCGUAUUCGCAGCUUCAGGUACUGAUCACUCCUUUGCUGUCACGGACUCUGGGAAGGGUUAUAGUUGGGGCUUUAAUGCUCAAAGCCAAGCCGGUCAGGUUGGUCUUGAUGAAGUGGAAACACCUACCCUUCUUCAGAGCAAGUCUCUUGAGGGUAAGAAACUGGCAUCAGCCGCUGCUGGUGGUCAGUUUAGUAUGGUUGUCGGACUGGCAAAUUGGUAA